GGAUGGGGCAGAAGUAGGUUAUAGUUGUGAGUUUAGUCGUGAGUAUUCUUAUAUUAUUGUAAACCCACUUUUAUCCCAUUCUGUAUAUGGGUACCCUGUGGCCCAGUGAGGUUGACACAUAAAAGUAACCAUGACACUAUAUAUGGCUAUGAUUACUUAACUAUUUAAUUUUAAGUAAUUUAAAUUUAAAUAGCUAUACAUGAGUCAUGGUUACUGUACACAGCAGUAGAUUGUCUCAGUCCUAGAAUGUAGCUUUGUUUGAUGCUUUAGAACCAUUGAGACUACUACUCCAGUGUUUAGUUUCCACCUAAACUUGAAACAGCCCCUUUGGGUGAACCAAGCCUCCAUGAAAGAAGUCCAAAUAUCACAAGACUGCCAUGUAUGCAGAGGUACGAGCUAGCCGUGUGGAGAGAGUACAUGAGGAGAGAGAGAGUCCCAUCUGUUCUAGCAGUCCUAUUUGAAGCAUCAGAAAUUUCUAAGAAGAGAUAGAAAUUGGCUAUGGAUAAUUCAUAUGAUUUCAAUCAACAUAGCUCCUGUAAUGGAAUUUCAUCUGAGAAGAUUAAUGACUUUCUUGUCUCAGAAGAUCAUGGACAGAAAAUCUUAAGUGUACUGCAGAAUUUUAGAGAACAAAAUGUCUUUUAUGAUUUCAAAAUAAUUGUGAAAGAUGAAAUAAUCCCGUGUCAUCGUUGUGUGCUAGCAGCGUGCAGUGACUUUUUCAGGGCUAUGUUUGAAGUAAACAUGAAAGAAAGAGAUGGUGGAAGUGUUACCAUCACUAAUUUGUCCUCUAAAGCAGUGAAAGCAUUUCUUGACUAUGCCUAUACUGGAAAAACACAGAUAACAGAUGACAAUGUGGAAAUGUUCUUCCAGUUGUCAUCAUUUCUUCAAGUUUCCUUCCUAUCCAAAGCUUGCAGUGACUUUUUAAUAAAAAGUAUUAAUAUUGUCAAUUGUUUACAGUUAUUAUCUAUGUCAGAUAGCUAUGGCUCUACCCGCUUAUUUAAUCAUGCAUUAUACUUUGUACAACAUCACUUUUCCUUAUUAUUUAAAUCCAGUGAUUUCUUAGAGAUGAAUUUUGGAAUACUACAGAAAUGUCUGGAAUCAGAUGAAUUAGAUGUUCCUGAAGAAGAAACUGUACUGAAAUUUGUCCUUAAUUGGACUAAAUAUAACUUAGAAUCAAGGCAAAAGCAUCUACCUUAUUUGAUUAAAAAAGUAAGAUUACAUCAGUUACCUGAGGAGACACUUCAAGACUGUCUGCUCAGUGAAGAGUGUUUACUCAAAAGCACAAACUGUUUUGAUGUAAUCUUGGAUGCAGUUAAGUGUGUGCAAGGUUCUGGUGGACUUUUCCCUGAUGCUCGACCAUCCACAACUGAAAAAUACAUAUUCGUUCACAAAACUGAGGAAAAUGGAGAAAAUCAAUAUACAUUUUGCUAUAAUAUUAAAACCGAUUCGUGGAAGAUACUGCCACAAUCGCACCUGAUUGAUUUGCCGGGAUCUAGUCUGUCAAGCUAUGGAGAAAAAAUAUUCUUGACAGGUGGUUGCAAAGGGUCAUGUUGUAGAACGGUUCGGCUUCACAUUGCAGAGUCAUAUCAUGAUGCCACUGAUCAAACCUGGUGCUACUGUCCAGUCAAAAAUGAUUUCUUCCUGGUAUCAACUAUGAAAACACCCAGAACCAUGCAUACAUCAGUUAUGGCUCUUAAUAGGUUAUUUGUCAUAGGUGGAAAGACUACAGGAUCUCAGGACAUUAAAAGUCUCUUAGAUGUUGAAUCUUACAACCCUCUUUCCAAAGAAUGGAUGUCUGUGAGCCCCUUACCCAGGGGCAUAUACUACCCCGAAGCAAGUGCAUGCCAAAAUGUAAUUUAUGUUCUUGGAUCAGAGGUGGAGAUUACAGAUGCCUUUAACCCAUCACUUGAUUGCUUUUUUAAAUACAAUGCUACAACUGAUCAGUGGUCUGAAUUAGUCGCAGAGUUUGGGCAGUUUUUCCAUGCAACAUUAAUUAAAGCUGUCCCAGUAAACUGCACACUCUAUAUAUGUGAUCUUUCUACCUAUAAGGUUUACAGUUUUUGUCCAGAUACUUGUGUCUGGAAGGGUGAAGGAUCUUUUGAAUGUGCAGGCUUCAAUGCAGGUGCAGUUGGAAUUGAAGAUAAAAUUUAUAUAUUAGGUGGUGAUUAUGCACCAGAUGAAAUCACAGAUGAAGUGCAGGUUUACCACAGCAGCCGGUCUGAGUGGGAGGAAGUCUCACCAAUGCCAAGAGCCUUAACUGAAUUUUACUGUCAGGUGAUUCAGUUUAAUAAAUACAGGGAUCCAUGGUUUUCCAAUCAUUUCUAAAAGUAGUGUGUGCUUAUACACUGUAAAACUAUUCUGGUUCCAGAAACCUACAGUAAAUUUGUUAACAUUAAUAGUUGGUAAAAAGGUCUUUACAUCUUAAUAAAUUAAAACUGUAUGUUCUAUUAUAGAAUUACUAUGAGUGUACACCAUAUAAGAAUAUGCAGCUCCCAGAAACUUAAAAUACAAAAUACAUUGUACCAAAAAUUGUACUGAAUAUAAUCCAGAAUAUUUAGUAUUUUCAUAUGUAAAUGAAACUCUUAGACUUUAAUGUUUUAAUUUUUAAAGUACUUCAUCCAUGGGAGACUGGUAAAAAUAAAGUUCACAGAUCAGUACUAUGUGAAUUGGAGAAAUCUCUUCAUGUAGUAAGAAUGAAUUAUGUAUAUUCUAUAUUAUAUAAAGUGAAAAAUAAACUACAAAGAAGGGAGAAUCCUACCUUGUUACUACAGGUAUAAGAGUUGUUGAGUUCUUACUCUUUUUGACCAUAGUCAGCUGCUUUUAAAUCCUUUCCUUUCACCAUUGUUUUGUUCACAAAUUUUUCUAAAAUGCAGUGUGGUUCCUCAGCCCUCUAAACUGCACACUAAACAUGGUUUACCUUUUGUUAUGAUUCAGCCUUUAUUUAAUGAUUCAACUCUUCAUCAAGAGCGUAGUGUACCAUGAAAAAUUCCACAGUGCCAUCAGCAGUCACUGAAAUGCUUUUUAAAAUUGCUGUGUCUGUUAGUUCUCAGUUUAGUUGGCUUCAUUUUCUAGCAAUAUCAUAUCUCUCUUAGUUUCUGACUCAAGCUCAGUAAAUUAACAUUCUUGAUUUAAUUAUUAGUUUUAUGUUCCACUGACCUGAGUUUAUCUUAACACGUAACCCAUUUGAAUGGAGUUCUUAGAUUCUUGGAUGGAAAUGCUAGCAUACUUUUUCUGCCAGGUUCCAAAGUAAUUGAGAACAUAGAAAAUCUGACCCCUGGAUAAAUGGAUCAUUUUCACUGAAUUUCUUAAGCCAUUAGAUGUCCAAAUUUGUGUUGUAAUUAGGAAUUUCGGAAUUUAAAUGAGUCCCGUGUCAGUUUUCUGUGGUGAUGCAUACCACCUGUAAAGCACCAUGUUGGUUGUUACUUUAGUAAUUUAUUCAUAGUGAAUGAUAUUCCAAAUUUAAAGCAAAUGACUGGACUUUUGGUAUUAAUAAUAGUAUUCACAACCUACUUCUGUUUAGAUGUUUAAUCACUUUUAACCCAAACAAUAUUCUCCGCUAGGAUUCUUUUUUUGCAACAGGAUAUGUUUUCUUUAAUCAGUUUAAAAGAUAUAAGCAUUUUAGGUUUUAAUACUUACUAUUUACAACUCAGGUAAUGUGCAGAUUGGAUUUCUUUGGAGUCGAAUGUAGUUUCUCACACUCUGUAGUAAACAAUGUACAUAUUCUUUAGAAAUACUUUCCAAAGUGGAAAUACACCUAAUUGAAGGUUCUUUUACCAUAUAAAUGUAUGCAAUUAUAAGUUUCAAAUAUAUUUUUCAAUAUAAAAUAGGCUAUUAGACUACAUUAUCAUGUCAUUACAAAAUCAGGGACUGUCCUUAGUCAGAUGGCAGUGCAUAAAAACAAUUCUGUAGCAUUGGUCUUCCUCCCUCUUGACCUUACUUGGUUCUGCAUGUCUGUCUGUCUGUCUCUCUCUCUCAAAGGAAAUUAAGUCCAUAAGAUUGAGUGACUGUACACAUGUGAAUUUUCUGAACUCUUAAGUAUAUAUAAAGUAUGUUUAAAAGACUUUUAAUCACUGACUUUAGGAAUUGUUAACCUCUUCUAGAAAGGAGAAACUAAUGCAUGGGUCUCUGACAUGCAAGCUUCAGUAAUCUAUUCUCAGUACCCCCAGAAGGAGCUAUUUUUCCUGUCAGGUUAGGGAAGAGGGAAUAAUAUUCUUUUAUCAUUGGGCUCUUAAGUUUUUUUUUUUCUUUAAAGCCUGAUUCCCUUUCAUUAUCACCCAUCAGCCAUUGCUGCAGUGUAAGAGACAAAAUGAUUACACUCAGUAUCCAUAUUGUUUUCAGUCCUGUGGAAAAGUUCCAUUUAACACUUCUAAUCCUUUGUCAUUUGUCUUUAUCCACAACAUUUGGACUAUUGAUGCAAAAAAAUUCUAAUGUAAUAUGUUCUAAAACUGAAAGUAGGUAUAUGGUAUUAUUAAAGAUACAAUGAAGAAAGUUAAAUUCAGCAUUUUUAUAAAAUAAAUUCAAAGUUAAUGGGCAUUCCUAGAGUGAUCUUCAAACUUGAUUUAAAAUGCAGAACACCUUUUGUUCACCUGUUGCUUGGGAGAUUGCAUAUAUGAAGAAUAUUUGAGUAAUCAAAAUCAUUCCCAUAACAGUCUAGUCUAGGGAUGGACAGAGGUGUUUAUCACAGAUGAAGUAUGACCUCAUCCUGCAAUAUAAUUCUGUUUUUCCUAGACACCAAGAAAAGCAAUUGAACAUGUGUUCAGUGUACCUAGCUGAAGUUAUACUAUCUGGGAAUCAGAAUCAAGUAUAGAGGAAGGCAUUUGUUUGCAUUUUGAGAUUUGGAAGCAAAAUGUAAGGAUUAAAUAUAUUGUUGAAUAUAUAUGUUACUUUUAGAUCAUAAUUCUCAGUUUAAUUGAAUCCAGUGUUUGGGAUAUCUCAUAUUUACAAUGGAAUUUGUAAGACUCAAAUAUGUCUUCCAAUAGGCAGCUCUAGAGGGCAAGCUAAAAACAGGCUAGAAUUUGUAGGGAAGCAGAUUUCUGCUCAAUGUAAGAAACAACUUUUCUCCACUUUAUAAAGCCAUAUUUAAAGUAAGACAAAUGAUCAAAAACUGGCAUCUGGCAGAUGAUUAGUCCAAUAAAUUCCUACACAGGAAUGUACAACCAAAGAUUUCUAUAUUCUAUUUACACAUUUUUAAUAGUUUUCUGAUGUAAGACUAAUUGCUUCCUCCUCCAAUUCAGCAUUUUUGUAACUUGAUUUCAAUGGUUCUGUGUACUGAAGAUUUCAGUAGGGCUUGAGUCCUAAAACUACAUCAUUUCAGGAGCAUUUUUAUGGAAGGAAAUUUGUUGUUUGUUUUAAUUACUCAGGAAAAAGUCUGUAAAUGGUGCUGACAUUUAUGGUAAACUGCUAAUAAGGAUUUUUCCUUCUGUCUACCAUAGGUGCACAUUUGUUUUACAGUAAUUAGAAACCGAAAGACCAGUACCUAAAACUUUGUUCUAAAUUGUUAUAGCGACAAGUGUAGCUAUAUAACUAAAUGUAGUGAUUCUAGUUAAAGAUUGUGUGAUUUGAAAGAAUAUCUUAAAAAUCUAGAUGUAUUUAUAAAUAUUUGAUGACACUGAUGCUUAAUCAAAUUUAAUAUCUAAAUAGGGGAUUUAAUCAGAGUAUGAUACUAUUGUACACAUUAAAAGAUAACUCUUCUAAAUCAUAUUGAAACUUGAAAAUAACCUUGAACUCUAAUACAGCUUUCAACCUGGUAUAGAAAGCCCCUCCAAAUUGUAAAACAUCCUUGAAUGAUGAUUUUUUUUCCAAUUUCUAAUUAAGUGCUUUCAGGGGUAAAGAGCUCACUACCUUCAUUUUUAACAGUUCUCUCAGAAAGUUCUUCCUAACAUUAAAAGCAAUUUUGCCUCCUGUAUUAAUUUCUAGCCCUUGGUCCUAGGUUGUUGUUUCCACAAGUGUUUGAAAAAGUAGCAUGUGUCCCACGUUUCUGAUAUCAAAGCCUUGUUUUUAUUCUUGUUUAAAUGUUUAGCACUUUAAAACCUGCCACAAUGGCCAGGGUUACAUGAUUCUCCAUGUAUAAUGGCCUCUGUUCUAGCUUAUCACAUUUUGGUGAGUUGCAUCUGACCAAGCGUGGCAGACCUUGAUAACUCAUGUGUCUCAUUCCCUUAACCAGCUCUCUAGCUCCUAUAAAUCCAGUUUGAGCUGGAGCCUUGUGCGCUCUCUCUCUCCUUCUACCCUCUGUCAGCAUAAUUGCAAACACAUUUUCUGGGAGAGGAAGUCUAAGGCCAAAUAUUAAUGUCUCAAUCAUUUGUCAUUGGGCAUGCUUUUCAGAAUUUUAUUCUGUUUUUAUUUUUAUUUUUUAUUGUUCAAAUACAGUUGUCUCCAUUUUUCCCCUGCCUCACCUAUGCUCACCUCCCACCCUUGACCCUACCCCCUUUGGCUUUGUCCAUGUGUCCUUUAUAAAUAUUUUCCCCUAUUAACCCUCUCCCCCCACCCUUCUCAUUAGUCAGUUUGUUCUUUAUUUCAAUGUCUUGGGUUAUAUUUUACUGGCUUGUUUGCUUUGUUGAUUAGAUUCCAAAAAACUUAAAAAUAAAGGCCCCCCAAAAUAUAUAAAAAAUAGAAACCAAAGCAGUCACAUCCAUGAUGGUUAAGUUAAUGAGGACAGUUUGUUUACAAAUCAAGAAAGACCAAGCUUAUGGUAAUAAUCUAAGUUUGGAGAUUCUGUGCUGUUAGCCAGUUGAAUAAAGUAUGAUAUUUUCCAUAAAAUAAUGCCAUUGUUUAAAAAAUACUUAAUGGGCAACAUAGCUUUGUUCAUUUCAAUAACUUUGACCACAUUCUCAACCUUAACGGUCUAACUCAACAAAUUAUGAAUUUGGUUCCAAGGGUAACAAGACUACUGGAAUAAUGAGACUGGUGCAGUUCUCUGAAUAUCACAUUAUUGUAUAAAAUAUUUCUUUGCAUGUCUGUCUUCCUCAUGUAAUUGUAAGUACUUUGGAAUAGGGACAUAUAUUCAUCAUUUCUGGACCUAGAAAUUAGCACAGUGUCUAAAUGUUAUAAGGCAUCCAAUAAAUGGAUAUUGAGCCAAUAUGUGAAGCAAAAUAUAUUUAUUGUUACUGAAAAGAUUUGCUAUAAUUGUACACUUAGUAACUUAUUUCCAUCUAUAAAGGAAAUGAUUUACAUUAGUAUUUUACAUUUUAGAAUUGUAUCACAUUGUACUUUAUUAAUGUAUAUGUUCAUUCUUUUUGUAAUAUGUUUCUCAUUUAAAGUCUAAGAAACUGGAUUAAUUUAUACAACUUCACUUUUUGUUAGUAUAUGGAAGAGUUGGUAAUGCAGCAUUUUUUAUUUGAGAGAGAGAUUGCAUUACACAGUGUACUCCCCACCUUUGGAGAACAUGUGGAGCUGGUUGUAUGACUGUAUAGUACAUGUAUAGUAGGCUCUUGUAAGUGAAAUUACAGAUUUGAGGUCAUUUAUCCACCUAGUGAAUUUUAUUUACAGUAUCUAAUUAUCUGUUUCCUUUCAAGGGCAAUAGGAGAUAGGACAACAACUGCAAGUUUCAUUAGCAGACCAUUACUCCUAUAGAGCUUAGUAGUUUUAGUGACCUUUGUUCCCUUUGGUGGAUAGUGCUCAAAUCUACUUACAUUGCAUACACAAGUAUUUUGCUUCAUUUUUCUGUUAGUGGAAUGUGGUCUUUUGUCAUAUGCUAUGAGAAAUAAAAUCAGCCUUUUUAUAGGUCCAUGUUAACCAGAUUAACAUAAAAUAUUUCAAUCUGUAAUAAAAUAUUUCAAUUCUAUAAAAUAUUUAUUAAUUUAUUAAAAUGUAUCUCAGAAAA